GAGAACGCUCGUCUUGUUGAGGUGCCGCUGGUUUGAGAGUGGGCUCCGGCCGAUAGCGCUCCUUUUGUGCUGUUUUCUGAGUUUUGUUUUGUGUUUAGUUAUUACGAGCAUUUCUUGUUCCUGUCAAUUAUCCAAUCGGCCCAGUCUGACUUCCAGCGAAGUGGACCGUGUUAAACCUGAAGCUCCCCAUCAGCGUGCACGCCUCGUGUUUGCAAGCUCGAGGACAACCGUGAGGAAGUCCUCGUCUCGAAUUCCUCGCACCCAACAAUACAUAUUCAUCAGAUAUUUCCUCAGACAUGUCGGAGGUGAACCCCACUUCUCCAAGUUCGCCGUCGGCCCUGAGCUCGCCGGAGUCGGGCGCCACGCCCUCCUCGCGGCUGGGUCGGCGCCGCCGCGUCAGCCGCGGCUCCACCACUGGCUCCCUGGAUGCACCAUUUGAGGAUGAGUCAGUGGGAGCUGCUGCAGGAGAUGACCUGGACCGCGAGGAGGAGGAGGACGGCGAGGAGCUGUUCGGGGAUGCCAUGGAAAAUGACUACCGGCCCAUGUCCGCUUUGGAUCGGUAUGAGCCGGACAUGCUGGACGACUCGGAGGUGGACGCGCUUAGUGAGACCGGACGUCGCGCGGCUGAAGCGGCGAUGCGCAAGCGCGACCGCGAGGAAGGCAGAACUGCUGGGCGCAUGCGCCGGGGCCUAUUGUACGACGAAUCCGACGAGGAGGAGGAGGAGGGCAGACCGGCGCGGCGCCGGCGGCUGGCGGAGCAAGCGGCCGAAGGCGGCGCCGCCGCUCCUGAAGACCAGCUGGAGUCCAUCGAGAACCUGGAGGACCUACGGGGCCACACCGUCCGCGAGUGGGUGACCAAGCUCGGGCCGCGCACCGAAAUCUACAACAGGUUCAAGAACUUCCUGCGCACCUACGUGGAUGAGAAGGGCCACAAGCUAUACAUGGAGAAGAUUCGCCAGAUGUGCGAAGAGAACCGAUCCAGCCUGAACGUGGACUACAACGUGAUCGCGCUGAAAGAGUGGGUGCUGGCGCUGUUCCUGCCCGAGGCGCCCACCGAGAUGCUGGCUAUCCUGGACCAGGCCGCCAAGGACGUGGUGCUGGGCCUGUUCCCCCAAUACGAGCGGAUCGCCAAGGAGAUUCACGUGCGCAUCACGGACCUGCCACUGAUGGAGGACAUCCGGUCGCUGAGGCAACUGCAUCUCAAUCAGCUGAUCCGCACAAGCGGCGUGGUCACCACGGCAACGGGGAUCCUGCCCCAGCUCUCCAUCAUCAAGUUCGACUGCAACAAGUGCAGCUACGUCUUGGGUCCAUACGUCCAGGGCCAGAGCAACGAGAUCAAACCGGGCUCGUGCCCGGAGUGCCAGAGCAACGGCCCGUUCCAGGUCAACAUGGAGGAGACGGUUUACCAGAACUACCAGCGCGUGACCAUUCAGGAGUCGCCGGGGCGCGUGGCGGCCGGCCGGCUGCCCAGAUCCAAGGAUGCCAUCCUGCUCGGCGACCUCUGCGACUCCUGCAAGCCUGGCGACGAGAUCGAGCUGACCGGCGUCUACACUCACAGCUACGAGGGCAGUCUCAACACCAAACAGGGAUUCCCGGUGUUCGCCACGGUCAUCAUGGCCAAUCACAUCCUGAAGAAGGACGACGCGGCUCUGGCGCGCACGCUGACGGACGAGGACGUGCGCGCCAUCACCAGCCUCUCCAAGGACCCGCGCAUCGCCGAGCGGCUCGUGGCCAGCAUCGCGCCCUCCAUCUACGGCCACGAGGACAUCAAGCGCGCGCUGGCGCUCGCCAUGUUCGGCGGCGUGGCCAAAAACCCCGGCAAGAAGCACCGGGUGCGCGGUGACCUGAACAUCCUGCUGUGCGGAGACCCGGGCACGGCCAAAUCCCAGUUUCUCAAGUAUCUGGAGAAGAUCGCGCCACGUGCCGUAUUCACCACCGGCCAGGGAGCGUCUGCCGUCGGUCUCACCGCGUACGUGCAGCAGUCGCCGGUGACCCGGGAGUGGACGCUGGAGGCCGGCGCGCUCGUCCUCGCCGACAAGGGCUUCUGUCUCAUCGACGAGUUUGACAAGAUGAGCGACCAGGACCGCACCUCCAUCCACGAGGCGAUGGAGCAGCAGAGCAUCUCCAUCAGCAAGGCGGGAAUCGUGACGUCACUGCAGGCGCGCUGCUCGGUGGUGGCCGCCUCCAACCCGAUCGGCGGCCGCUACGACCCGAGCAUGACGUUCGCCGAUAACGUGGACCUCACCGAGCCGAUCCUGUCACGGUUCGACGUGCUGUGUGUGGUGCGCGACACGGUGGACGCCGUGCAGGACGAGCGGCUCGCCCGCUUCGUGGUCGGCUCGCACGUCAAGAACCACCCGCUCAACACGGUGGACGAGCAGGAGCAGCAGCAGCCAGAGGACAUGCCACAGUCGGGUACAAAUCUGGACGGGUUGGAGAAAAUCCCACAGGACCUGCUGAAGAAGUACAUUGCUUAUGCCAGAAAUCGGGUGAACCCGAAGCUGAACCAGAUGGAUCAGGAUAAGGUUGCAAAGAUGUACAGCGACCUGCGCAGGGAGUCCAUGGCGACGGGCAGCAUUCCCAUCACGGUGCGUCACAUCGAGUCUGUGAUUCGGAUGGCCGAGGCGCAAGCCAAGAUGUGUCUGCGCGACUACGUGCAGGAGGACGACGUCAACAUGGCCAUCCGUGUCAUGCUGGAGAGCUUCAUCGACACGCAGAAGUACAGCGUCAUGAGGAGCAUGCGGCGGAAUUUCUCGCGGUACCUGGCCUUCAAACGCGACAACAACGAGCUGCUGCUCUUCAUCCUACGCCAGCUGAUCCACGACCAGGCGACCUAUCAGCGCAACCGGUUCGGCACGGACCAGGAGACUGUGGAGAUCUCCGAGAAGGAUCUGGCCGACCGCGCCCGCCAGAUCCACAUCCACAAUAUGCAGCCCUUCUUCUCCAGUGGCCUGUUCAGUGCAAACAACUUCCGCUACGACGCCAAGCGGAAAAUAAUCGCGCAGGCGAUCUAAAAAGGACGCGCCGGGACGAACGCUGACAUUGGCGGUUGUUGGCUGGCGAUGGCCACGUUGAAAUGACCAGAGGGUGUCGUCAGGCUUUAUGGUCGUUCCGGAAUGCCGCGGACAUGCGUUUUUUAGGUGCGUUAGGGUGUCAAAGCCUCAUGGAGCUGUGGUAUGCGGAAAGUAGACAACGGACAUUCGUACUUGGCCGGAUUGACCCACGGUCUGUUUUUUUGUAAUAAAACAGGAAA